GGGAAAGGAAACGGCCGCUGCUCCCUCUGUUCCCCCGUCUGCCUGUCGUCUUCUAGCGCUAACGAGCUUGUGAUCGAUCGGGACCUUUCGGGGGAGGCGAGCAAGCAGUGUUCAUUCCCAGCUUCCAGUCAGGGCCUUUCCUACGGGUGUUUGAGUCUCUCUCUGCCUGGCAGCAGCAUCACUGUCCACCGCGAGGACCUCGCUCUGAAAUCCCCGCGGCGACAUUUAUUUAUCGAGCACGAAGUUGAUAGACAAGCUAGCUAGCUAGCCACCUAGCCAAGUCUUAGCUCGCAGAGAGUAGGUUUAAGUUUAUUUUUUUCUCCACUUUUAUUUUCCUUUGUGGGUUCUUAUUUUUUAAGCGGGACUGUGUGUGCCACUGGCGGUCGUGACUGUUUCCCCCUGAAACCUGAAGACUUAUUAGCGGUCAGGUGUAGAGCGGUAAGCCGGCUGUUCGUAGCUAGCGUGCUAACCCAUAGCCUGCUAGCUAAUACCCUGCGUAUUUAAGUUGGGAACCAGUUGGAGGCCUCGGUCCAGCGCCACCUUCAGCCGCCACAGUGUUCGCAUCGCCCCGCAGUGAGAGGUGACAGGAAACUGAAGUUUGUGAACCACUUACUCUCCCACACCAAACUCCAUAGAGAAAAUCUGUGAUUUUAGCUCGAGGGGACACAGGAGACUGCUGCCUUGUGUGCUUCCUUGGUGACGCAGAGACUUCUCCCUGAGGAGCCAAGAAGCAGACGGCUCAUGACUUCUGACCAGGACACGAAAGUUGUAGCUGAACCACAGGUGCAACAAGUACAAGAGGCAAAAGACAACUCUCAUUUGGAAUCCGUCAAGGUUUCGGACCUUAACCCCAAUGCAAAAGCAUGGGCCAACCACAUGUUUAGCCUGGACCCCAGCGGGAGUGCUGACAUCACAACUGCUGCCCUGCAGCCAUGGAAGGAAGGCUGCGAUAGUUCUGCCGACCCCGGCCCUGAAGGCUAUGACGCCAGUGAAGACGAAGCGUACAAAGAGCCUCUGCUGACUGACCCUGAUGAGCCUCCACCAGUGGCAGUGAUGCUGGCUGAGCCGGCACCCGUGGCCUCCGUCACCCCGGACUGCACCGAGCCGGCCUUUACUGACUCCCCGGACAAAGCCGGACACACAGUUAGUGAAGCCCAGGCUGAGAAUCCACAGGAAGGUUUGAGGGAACUCCUGAAGAAGACGCUGGAAUUCUGUCUUUCCAGGGAGAAUUUGGCCAGUGACAUGUACCUCAUCUCCCAGAUGGACAGUGACCAGUAUGUGCCAAUUGUGACGGUGGCCAACCUGGACCACGUCAAGAAGCUCAGCACAGACGUGGAGCUGAUCGUAGACAUUUUACGAUCUCUGCCAUUGGUCCAGGUGGACGAGAAAGGGGAGAAGGUGCGACCCAAUCAGAACCGUUGCAUCGUGAUCCUCAGAGAAGUCCCAGAGAGCACGCCCAUAGAGGAGGUCGAGGCUCUUUUUAAAGGGGAACACUUACCCAAGUUCAUCAACUGUGAAUUUGCCUACAACGACAACUGGUUCAUCACAUUUGAAUCAGAAGCAGACGCACAGCAGGCAUAUCAAUAUCUGCGCGAGGAGGUGAAGACCUUCCAAGGAAAGCCUAUUAAGGCGAGAAUAAAGGCCAAGGCAAUCGCUAUCAACACUUUCAUGCCAAAGAACGGUUACCGGCCGGUGGAGGUGAACCCGUACGCCCAGCAGCAGCAGCAGCAGCAGCAGCAGCAACAGCAACAACAGCAGCAGCAGCAGCAGCAGCGCUACACGUCGUCCUACUAUAUCCCAUCAGUUUACAGCCCGCAGCAGCAGUUCCCUUUAUACAGCCUCAUCACACCACAGGCCUGGUCGGCCACACACAGUUUCAUCGACCCCACACUGGUGGCCCCAUUUCACAACAGCCAGUUCAUGAACGGAUUUACAACAUCACACAGUUUCAAACCAGCGACGUCUCCUCUCACUGUCAGACACUACUCACUCAGGAACAGCAGGAAUCACAGUAAACCUCACUUGAGGCCGACUAUCCCCACAGCAGACCGCAGCACAGGGCUCCUGGACAGCCCCAGCCUCUUCCCCAGUUUCCCCAGUGAGAGACUGAACGGUGUUCGCAGCAGCCCGCCAACGCGCCUCCCCUCCAGCCAGUCCAGGACGAGGUUACCCUCCACCGCGGCUUUCCCCCGCCGGGACACCAUCGGCACGGGCCGAGUCACUGAGCCCACGACCGCGGACUAUUCACUGGGCCGAGGAAGGAAAAAUGUUUCUACUUCUAGGAAAAAGAGGGAUGAAAAGUUUACAAGAGUGACGCCGCAGUCGCCACCGCCUCCUCCGCCCAAACCUCCGUCUCCAAGCUUUGAGCUGGGACUGUCCAGCUUCCCUCCUCUGCCCGGAGCCGCUGGACAACUGAAGUCUGACGACGUGUCCGACAGCAGGCUGGCCAGCAGUGUCGUCGUCGGGACUUUAAAGGAACGGAUCGUAAGCGUGGAGUCCAGCAGUACUGGACUCUCUCCAGUCGGCCCCAAAGAGGCACUACGAUCUCCCGCCUCCCCGAUGACGGCGAGCUUCCAGCCCUCACCGACUGCCCUGACUGUGACCGUGACCCCGACCCCCACCCCGGCACUGACCAUAGCCGCCGGCCCCCCGCACAGUCCUGCUGCCUCCCUCCCAGCAGCGGAGGUGAAGGUGAUGGAGGUGAAGCCGAAGGAGGCGCAGUCGUUUGUGGAGCGAGUUUCCGGAACCUUGUCCACCGCAAGCAAAUCAGUGCAAGUCAAUGGCGCUGCCACAGAGCUGAGGAAGCCGUCGUACGCCGAGAUCUGCCAGCGAGUGAAGGACGCCCCGACUUUGCAGCAGCAGCCUCUGCCGACCCUGACUAAGGAAGCCAAGCCAGCCACGGGCGAGGAGAGGAAGUGCCACGACACCACCUCGGGAGACGUCAAGGCCAGAGAGACACACCCCCUCUCCUCCAAACCCGGCUCAGUGGCUGUCGCCCCAGGCAACAGAGCCCAGCGGGAGAUCCGGAGGCCGGGCGGGCGCUGGGUGUCCCCGCCCCCUCACUCUCACUCUCACCCGGGGAAAACCUCGAGCAAAGAUUCCCACCACAGCCCGCCAAAGUCUCCGCAGUAAGGAGACUCCCUCCCCCUUCACUAUGCUCCACAGAUGCGUUUAAAAAAGGAAAUCCAAGUCAGGGCUAUUAAUACUUGUAUCCCAGAAUCAGCAGACACAAACAAGCUUAGAGGACACUUUCUUUUUCUCGAUCAGGGCUUGCAAACAAAAAGCACUUUACUGUGCAUGUAGAGCACCAUUCUUUCUUUUUACUCUUAUUUAUUUGCUUUUUCCUUUUUUUUUAUUUUCCUUUUUUUCCUCCUUUUUUUGCGUCAGACGAAAGUCAGGAUCGUUGUCGGAAGAAACCCCUCUCCCCCAACCCAACGCCCCCUAGAGGAUGAUGGGAAAGAGCCUGUAUAAACAAACGUGUCUGGCUCUAAAGGUUUGAUGAUGAUGAGAAUUAUGGGUCAAAAUAAGCAGGCUAUGUUUGUUUUAAACACUUAACUCGCAUCCAUAUGCAACCAACCAACUUUUUCAGAAAUUGUGGCGCGUUCCAGUUGUUGUUGCAAGUCGGAAUUUAGGCAUUUCCUCGCUUCCACAGUAAAAACACUGACGUACACGUUAAAUUCGUAGACGUGUCGCGGUGCAGGUUUGCGUGUGCAAAGUACCGCGUAGAAAAUUGCCAACGACUGAUAUCGCGACUUCCUCGACUCUAUCAUUUCCGACUUCCGCCGUUAGCAGGCAUGCGGAGACUGGUGUAAGACCAGAUGGUUUGAGGAUGAUUUGGGUCCAUCUGAAGGGCAAGGAGGAAAUGACAUGACCACUAGCGUGUUUUUUUUUUUUUUUUUUUGUUUUGGUACAGUUUUCUGCGACAGGGAGGUGAGGUUUCAUGUUCUCUCUGCAAACUCAUGGUGCUAAAGACACCCGAUCCCGCGUUUCUGUGACUGCAGCUAAUCUCAUACUGAAAAACGUAGAAAUAACUUUUUGAUUUGAUUUAUUUAUCUGCUGUUUACCUCCACUAGACGGUUUAGAAAAAAAAAAGGGAAAUAAAUCCUUUUAAAGGGAUAAAAUCGAGAUGCAAGUGGAGUUUUUCCAUGAGCAGAUUCAUGCUGCGUUGUCUCCGUCGGUUGAUUUUUGUGGACGCAGACGGACGUCAGCCACAGUUUAGUUAAGAUCAAUUUACGUUAAUAAUGUGUACAAAACUUUAACUGAAAGUUUUAGUUUUUUAUUUUAUUAUUUCUUUUCGUGAAAGAUUUGAGUUCAGGCUCAUGUGAGCUCAGACGAACUGAACUUUUCCCUUUAAGUCGCAGAAACCGUGCAAAGUCCGUCCUUGGUGUUGAAGAUGUUUAGCUCCUCCCUCUUUGUUUGUUUGUUUUCCACCUUGGCGUUCUCUCGUUGUUUUCUUCAAGAUUGACCAAAGCACAUGUCCUUUCUCACUUAUCUUACUCACGAUAAGGAUUUAAAUUUAAAGCACCUGUCGCCGUGGGUUACGAUUUUUUUUUCUCUGUGUGAAAAAUAUAUUUUUGGCGAGAAAGCGAUUUCCAAAAACUGGAAUUAUGGUAUGGUCCAGUCAUAGUCGGAAAUGUACAAAUUUCCAAUUUGGUAACUCGUUACGUAAUUGUACGUUAAAAUUUUAUUCAUAGAUGCGUUGCGCCGCUUUUUGUGUGUGCGAAAUACCGCGUAGAACUUUGUCGACGACCGAUACCGCUAACGGUGGCUAGCCCGACAUAUGUUUUUGUCAGACUUCUCAACUCGAAAUGUAUGCAUUCUCAAUUUGACAAGACGAUUCCAAGAUGGCUGCCGUGUGGUUUCACUUUCACGCGCAGACGUGUUGCUACGAUGUUUUUCAGCCCAAAACAUAUUAUAUAGAACGCCCCUAGCCUGAUAUUUGUCAGAUUUGUCAACUCGAAAUUUAUGCAUUCUCAAUUUGGCAAGACAAUUCCAAGAUGGCUGCCACUUGCGCUGUUUACAUUUUUUCCUUAGACGUGUUGCUACGAUGUUGGUCUACGCAAAAUACCAGAGGAGCGUCGCUAAUGGCGCUUUCAAUUUCGCAAGUGAUUCCAAGAUGGCUGCCACUUACUCUGUUUAAUGUUUAUCCGUAGACAUGUCACAACACAGUUUGUCUACCCAAAAUACCAUAUCACUAGUGGUCACUAGCCCGAGAUAUGUUUUUGUCGGACUCUGUCAAUCCAAGUUUCCCAGACUUCGGAACGCACUGUUAAACUGAGAGCAGGUGAAUUUCAAGCACAUUCCUUUUAUAUUUACAUUUUCUUUUCCUUUUUUGUGGGGGGAAGCUUUAAAAAAAUCGCAAAUAUUUUAGGAGUUGGGAAGUCGUCGCUUCUGUUUCACUGUAGCAGCCGCUUCUCCGGCAACAUAACCAACCCGAUCUUUGAUGUUCUACUGCAAAAAAAAAAAAUUAUCGUAACUGACUUUGCGAGUUUCGUGCGUUCGGGUUCGUAUUUCGGAUGCAAAAGCCUAAAAACGAAAUAAGAAAUGAUGCUUAUAAUAAUAAUAAUAAUAAACUGUACGUAAACCCAGUAUCACAAAUCUACCCGCGCGACGUCGGACCUCGAACGUUUCGCACACGUCUUCCUGCAACGGGGAAAAAAACCCACUAAGUCAAAAACAGGAGCUAGUGAGGAGGACGGGGGAAAAAAAACCUGAACUCCCGCCCGCAGCUAGCUACUCUACAUUUCCACGCUAAAGUUUUGUUUGUUUGUUUUUUUAAGAUCUGAGAUGCACUUGGAUGGAUUUAUUUGUUAAUUUUUUUUGUUUUCUUCUCAUUGUCAACAAUGGUUUCAUAUAGAAAUAAACCAUUAAAUCACCAUAUCCACGUAUUUAUAACACAGUGCUGUUCAUUCCAUGAGGAAAAUAUCGUUAUGCUUUUUUGUUUUUUUUUCUGUUUUAGGGAGAAUAAAAGAAAAAAUUUAGAGACAAAAUCAAAGUCUCACCCCCACACACACACACACACACACAUACUGACACACACGAGAGAAAGAGAUCCAGUUUUUUGAGAAACUUGAAUUUUAUUUAAACUUGAAAAAUUACGACUUUGCCUUAACUUUUAUACGAUUUAAGAAAAAAAAAAGUUUCUUUCUUUUCACUGAAAAAAAAUAAGUUUGUUUGAGGAGAAAAAAAAAAUCCCCUUAAUGUUUAACUGAAGCGCGGCGGCGUGUAAAAUAAUUUAGUUGCGUUUUCACAAGUCUUACGUAACAAAGAGAAUAAAUUGUAACAUUUUUUUCCUUUUUUUUGUGUGAAAUGUACAAAAACAAAGCGUUUUUUUUGUUUUUCUUGUUAAAUGUUUUUUUUUGGGGGGGGAUAAACCUUGUAAAUGCAAAACUAGUCAAUACUGUAUUAAAGAUGUGCACUUUGAAUAUCUGUGCGCUUUGCUUGUACACUUGUAAAUACUCAGAAAAAUAUAAGAGGUACCUUAAACUGAUUAUAAAAACUAUAUUGAUCUUGUCAAACUUAUUACUGUCGCUGUCGAGCUAAAAAAAACACCUUAAUGUUGUGCUUUUCAAAAUCUUUUUCUUUAUUUUACUUUUAUUUUCACGUUUUCUGAUUGUACUUAAUUUUUUAAAUUUUGUUUUCUCACAUUUUUUCCUGUGUUCCUCAAGCCCCUCCCCCUCCACUGUGCACUAAAGAAAGAGACGACAAAACCUUGCAUGUCCAUCAAUGGUAAUUAUUUUUUUUAGGUUACGUCAUUAUUUAAAAGCACUACACCUCUUCUACUGAUACAACACACAUUAAAUAAGUGUUUUUGUAUGAGGUACUGACACAUGAGUAAUGAUAGCUAAUAGCUUAUAGUGCCCUCUGCUGCCAUUUGCACACCUAAUAAAACCUACAUAACUUUAAGUCUGUUAUUUUAAUACGGUUGUUGCUUUAUCGUCACUGUUAGACAGACUUUUCCAACAGGAAACUGAAGUUUGUAAACCACUCACUCUCCCACACCAAAAUCCAUAGAGAAAAUCAGUGAUUUUAACAUCACACACAGGAGUUUUUGAUCCACUGCUCCCUCCAUCACUAAGUUAUAAUGUCUUAUUUUGUAAAAUCCUUUGUUCAGAGUUACUUCAGUGACGCAAAGUUACCACACAAGACAGCAGAGGACCAGCAGCUCCUGUUGCCGCCAGCUAAAAUCACUGAUUUUCUCUAUGGAUUUUGGUGUGGGAGAGUGAGUGGUUUACAAACUUAAGUUUCCUGUUGGAAAAGUCUGUCUAACAGUGACGAUGAAAACGUAAACACUUAAACUGAUGUAAAAUUUAUUGCGCGAGUCUUAUGCUUAGGAUAUUUGUAAUAAUUCUACAAGAAAAGUUGCUUCACCUUAAACCACAACACUAAAACUUGUCAUGUUGAAGAAAGUUUGUUGACCUGAAGCAGCAGCGUUUCCGUUAUUUCAGCAGUUUUUCUGUCCAUAUUUAAGGAUCUUUAGCGUAGCUUAGCAUCACCACUAUAGAAGCACAUGGUAAAAAGAGUUAGCCUGAAGCUUGUCGAUCCACGCGUUGUUUUGACUGAUAUGUCAUAAAAAAUAAACGUAAAAUCAUGUGAGAUUUUUUCCGUUGAACAGCAGACGCAAGAUUUACCGUCUUUUCACUUGUUCAUCGCAUUUUCACGUUUCUUUACAGUGACUCAAACAAAAACGUAGAAUGACCCUUAGCGACGAUGGUCGGCUAACUGUUUUCAAUGCUAAGCUAAGCUAACCUCGGCUCUGUUUGUCAAACAAACAGACUUUACUGUAAUCGCUCGCCUUGUCUCACUAACUCAACUCGAUGCAAAUUGUUUGCAAUAUUUAGCAGCAGUUCAUUGUUUUUUGUUAGUGUGAUUGCAAACACCGAUGGCUACCUACCGCUUUUUCGCAAUCAAAGCCGAUAUUGCAUCCUCGAGUAUUGUCCGAUAACUGAUUUGUGUCUAUACGUUAUAAAACAUUGAGACGAUAUUUAAUUUUUUAGGAUCGUGUAAAGACAGAAAAGCAACAUAAAAAAAAAUUGGAUUUCUAAUUUCUGCACUGGCAGCCACGACACUCAACGACAAAAUAACAUUUAUUUUUUGUUUGUUUUGUUUAUUUGUAAAAUUAAAAAAAAUGACUGAAUCGUUGCUUAAAAAGUUUUACACACCCGAGUUUUGAGGCUAGCUCCAGAAACAUCGGAAAAAAUAAUAAAAAUGUGCUUGGUAUUUGUCGUUUCCUUUCUUUUUUCGUUUUUGUUCACCUGUUUUUUAUGUCAGGUUUUUGUUCUCCUGAGAAAUAAAUGUACAAAUAAUUCACAUAGUUUUUUAUUUAUGUUGUUUUUUGAGAAGCCAACGUUUGACUGGAAUCACAGCUGUUUUUUAUUUUGUUUGUUUUUGUUCGCAGUCGUUGAAAAUGUUUGUUCAAACCAUUUUGAUCACGUGUGGACGUUUUGAUGAAAGAGAAAAAACAGGAAGUGUGUGAUCGUACGACUUGUUUUUGUUUGUUCAUGUUUUUGCGAUUUUUCUCAAACUCCAUCAAAGACUUUCUUUUUUUGGAGGAAAACUAUGAUGUUUUUUUUGUGUACGAUGAAAACUCUUGAGGUCGAUAUGCUGACCUGCCAACUUUUUGGGACCUUAAAAAAAUAACAUGGACGUUGAUUUUGCGAACUCCCAACCCCCCCCCCCCCCGAACUGUGAAUGUGUGCAUGUGUGGAAUAAAAAAAAAAAGUACUGCCGACAAAUCCUGAUGACGGAACCUCAGAUUUGGACGGUACCAACUUUCUAAAGGGAUUUUUGUCGCAGGGUCUGGCGUUUGCAGAAAAGAACGCUGAGCUGCGAGCGUUUUCACGGACUUGUUCGCGGAGCGUCACACUUCCUGCUUCAGCUCCGCCUCCUUCCUGUCCGCUCGUCUCGACAGUGCCAUCAUUGUUCUUGUUUGUUUUGUUUCCUCAAGGGUGGCGACUUGAAAAAGUGCGCCCCCUGGUGGCAUGUUCACCAACUGACUGGAACUUUUUAAUCAACUCACUGUGGUUCAGCUCAUUAACACGUGCUACGCUAAUGGCUGCGGACAAUCGUCGGAGUUUGGACACAAACGUUGUUUUUUGUUUGUUUUUCGCUAACGACACCUUUAACAGACGAGGAGUGGACGUUUGUUUGUUUUUGUUUGAGCGGGAUUUUUUUCUUCCAUGGAGACUGGAAUCAAACGUUCACGUCGUCGUCAUCUUACGAUAAUUUAAGUUACUGUGUUAUGAUGAUGUAAAACUUGUCUAAUUUGGAGAGAAUAAAAGAAAUGUAGCUUACUGAAAAAUAAAGAUUUAGGCACUGUU